AGGGGCCGGCGGCCGCCGCGGGGCAGGCACCGGGCCGCGGGCCAAGCCGACCCGGGAUGCUUUCCCAGCCUGAUGCGUGAGGAAAAAGGUGGGAAGGAAAACCCAGGAACCCAGACUCCAGUAGACAUGGGAUCGUCCUGGAACUAGAAGGAAUCAGGACUGGAAUUCCUUCUGACCUCUUUUAUCAAAGACGGUGUGCUAGGAAACAGAUGACUUGGCAUCAGUCCUUAUUCAGGUCUUUUGGGUUCUUGCAGAUAGUAUUGGAUGGAUGGACCCAGGACCCAUUCUAACCAGUUCCCGUCACAAACUUGGACUUACCAUAAAAAUGCUCUCAGAACAGACAACUGCCUUGGGGACAGGAUGGGAGUCAAUGAAUGCACAGCUGGAUGGAGCAGCAGCCCAUGCAGAAAGGGGAAGCCGGGAAGAGGGGCCAUGGAGAACUACACCUGGGCCACUGGAGCACCUGUGUCACAACCUUGAAGAGGAGCCACAGUCGCUGCAAGAGAAAACUCAGUCUGCUCCCUGGGUUCCUGCAAUUCCCCAGGAGGGGAGCACCGGAGACUGGGAAAUGGCAGCUGCACUUCUUGCAGCUGGAUCACAGGGCCUGGUAACGAUCAAGGAUGUGUCACUGUGCUUCUCUCAGGAGGAGUGGCGGAGUCUGGACCCCUCUCAGACAGACUUUUAUGGAGAAUAUGUCAUGCAGGAAAAUUGUGGAAUAGUAGUCUCUCUGAGAUUUCCAAUUCCGAAACUGGACAUGCUUUCUCAACUAGAAGGAGGAGAAGAGCAAUGGGUCCCUGAUCCCCAGGACUUAGAGGAGCGAGACAUACUGAAGGUCACAUACACUGGAGAUGGAAGUGAACAUGAGGGGGAUACCCCUGAGUUAGAAGCAGAACCUCCGAGAAUGCUAUCCAGUGUGUCUGAAGAGACUGUUCUGUGGAACCCAGAGCAGGAUGAGAGCUGGGAGUCCACACACAGGAGCUCUAGAGGAGUGCUCCCAGGCCCUCCUUUCGUCCAGGAAGAGAGCUUCUCCAACCUUCUGUGCAGCACAGAGAUGGAUUCCCUGUUAAGACCCCAUACAUGCCCCCAGUGUGGGAAGCAGUUUGUGUGGGGUUCCCACCUUGCCAGGCAUCAGCAAACACACACCGGGGAGAGGCCUUACAGCUGCCUCAAGUGUGAGAAAAGCUUUGGGCGGAGACAUCACCUGAUCAGGCACCAGAAAACCCACCUUCAUGACAAGCCCAGCAGGUGCUCUGAGUGUGGGAAGAAUUUCCGAUGCAGUGCCCAUCUGGCUAGCCACCAGAGAGUGCACGCAGAAGGCAAAUCCUGUAAGGGCCAAGAGGUUGGAGAGGGCCCUGGGGCUGGGAAACGGCAGCGUGCCCCCCCAGUGCCAAAAUGUCACGUGUGCACAGAAUGUGGGAAGAGCUUUGGCCGAAGGCAUCACCUCGUGAGACACUGGCUGACUCAUACUGGGGAGAAACCCUUCCAGUGUCCUCGCUGUGAGAAGAGCUUUGGCCGGAAGCACCACCUGGACAGGCACCUGCUGACCCACCAGGGACAAAGUCCCCGCAGCACUUGGGACAGAGGGGCAUCUGUCUUUUGAAAUGUGUUUCUGCUGCAGCUACUAUCUCCUCUAUCAGCUGGUGCUACCAGUAGUCACUGCCAGGGUUGUCCCUCUCCUGCACUCCCAUGGCCAGAAUUGUGAGCUCUGACCCUAUGCCUAGAGAGGCAAUGUGUCAGCGUGGGGUAGAGCAGCUCUCACCAGUUCUGUGAGGUAACACAUCAAACCAGUGUUCUUUGGGCAAAAUGUUGUGAAACUAUGCAUACUGCAUGGGUUACUGUUUGACGUGAGCCUAUUAGCAAGGGUGCAGUGGAGCCAGCAGAUGUGGGCUGGUCCCUUAUUAGCCACAGUCUGUGUCAUACUGGUGGUUAAAUAGUUUGUAAAUCACCCUUUUCUAAUCAUUAUAAUUACACACUCUCUAUAUACAAUGUGUAUAUAGAGAAAAUCCAUUUAACAUAACGAAGGCUCUGAGAACACCUGCAGCAAACUGCUUAGCUUCUGUUACUGCAGUGUUUGCUAAAUUUAUUUGACCUCCGUAUCCUUUCUCUUUCAUGUCCCACAGAACUGGUGAUGCCAUAAAAUAGAUUCCGUUGAACACUGGAUUAGAAAGUAAUGAGGAAACAGGAAAGAGACAAGGAUCAGAACCCCUGCUUUUAUCCAAAUGAAAGUCGGGACAGAUAUUAUUCCUGUGUGGGUCUGUCAUCCCUCUCCCAUCAUAUACAGCUAUACCUCACACUUCUACCGGCUGUGGUAUCUCACCCCCUUUUCCUAUUCCCUUUGGCACACACAAAUAACUAGCUGAGAGAUCAUGUGACAGUCAUAAGAGAUGGACCUUAUACAAUAACCCAAGUAAUCCAGGCCCACCCAGAUGAAAAACCUUACCCCCUUGAACAGACCCCUUUCCUCUAGACUGUGUCUUUUUGUGUCUGUGUUUACGUGUGCAGGGUCUUUGAAGAGAGCAUGCUCAGUGCGAACUGUACAAGCUAGAUUUUCUUGGGAUUGUGUUCUGGGGCUGAGGUAGUAGGGAUUAUGUGUGUGGCUUUUGUUUCCUUUCAAGAUAGGAAGUAAUCUGUGUGAUUAAAGAAGCCCCUAAGUAGAAAUGGUCAAAUUAUGAGUUUGUACAAAGUUCUCCCCAGUAUUUCUCAGAUGCAGACAAUUGUGGACUUAUGUGUUAAAGUCUGAAUUCUCUGGGCUGAAAAUUGUUACCUGGGAGGGGAGAAAGAGACAUUCAGUGAGGUAAGCCCUGUCUUGGUGAUUUCGGGCAAGGUGCAUAUAUAGGUUUGUGCUGAGUGAGGUUUUCAGUCUUGUCUUGUUUUAAGUGCUGGGAAAUUAGGACAGGAGUCAGUGUUUGGAAGUUGUUAUCAUACUAUACUCUGUUUGGAUUUGGCUCUUUCACUAUGGGGGAAGAAUAUUUUUGAGGAUAUCAUUCUCUGAGUACUUGAACUUGAAGGGAAAAGGCUGUUGUCUUCGUUUUUCACUUGAUGCAGGGUAAUGAGCUUUUGGACUAGCUUCCCUCCCGAUUCUGGGCAAGUGUUCACACCAAGACUCUUCAAUCUAAAACAUCUAUACUGGGGCUCAUAGGAGCAUUCUGUCAUCUGGUUAGUUGAUAAGUAGAUAUUGUUUCUAUUUAUUGAUGAUUUAAAAUCUUACAAUUUAAAAUCUCUCGUGUAGAACAACAGUUUGGGGCUAGGGAGUAAGAAGCAAAGAGGAUAAAAGUGGAAUGUCUUCUCUUUAGAUUCUAGUUUUUCCCUAAGACACUUACUUCUCAAACACAAUUGAGGGAACUGGCCAGAAACGCAGAGGAAGUGAAUUGCAUGAAUCUACUUUAUUGACAGUUUCAUAUACUCUGGAAUAACUGGGUGAAUCACAGUUUCUCAGAACUCUGGGCUCAAAUGGAGUAGAAAAUAGGUUCUUGUUGCUGACUGGGCUUCUUUAUUCUAGCCAUCUGGCUCCUACCUCCCUCCAGCUUUGGAGAGAAGCCUGCAGCACACUUGGCCUGGGACGCUUCUCCAGCCAGCCCUUUGCAAGCCAACUCUCCCCUAGGUUCCCAGAGACAAGUGUGUCUUAGGAUCAGUAUUAUGAGAUGUCCAAGGGAAUAAGUAAAUAUUGGGUUUCAGUAUUAAAAUUGAAAACAAUGUUAUAUCAAUUGUUUUAUUAUGCUACUUUAAUACAAAUCAGCUGUAUAUAAAGAUGUGUAUAAUAGAAUGUUUUGGGUCACAGACAUAUUUGAAAAUAUGAAAGAAACUAGAAACACACUAUCUUGUUUGCCUGUUAAUGGACCUUGAAGUCAGAGCCUUGCACUCUUACUUGGCUUUUUCACUCAAGGCUGACACUCUAUCACUAGAGUCUCAUUACUACUUCUGGCUUUGGUGAUUCAUUGGAGAUAAGAGUCUCACUGACUUUCCUGCUUAGGCUGGCUUUGGAACUCAGUGCUCAAGUUCUUAAGCCUCCUGACUUGCUAGGAUUACAGGCAUGAGCCACUGGCGCGUGACCAGAAGCCUACUUCUGAGAAAAGCAGAUGAUUGCAAUUCACUCAGUUUUGCAUAUGCAUGUAGCAAGUUUAGAGCUCGUUCAUGGAGUCACUGAACUGGGGGGUCAAAGACUGGGAUUUAAAUGGUUAUUGUAUGUCUGUGUCAAGAAUUACAAGGCCAAGGGCACUAAAUAUUUUAAGGAUGAAGAUGCCAGAUGAACCAAAUAUGAGGAUAGAGUCUGAUCUUUAGUGACUAGAGAAACUUGCUUACAUUCUACUAUUAUGUCUUAAAGAAAGAUCUAAGAUGCUGACAAACCCAGCUCCUCACAAACGAGGGACUUGUGGGAAGUGAUGUUCCUUACUAUCUGAUUGUAUCUCUUACAUAACUACAUGGUAGCCUCCAGGUUUUAUUCUGACUUGGUGAUUGUAGAAAUAAAAGUGAAGCCCCCAAGUGUAGGUACAGUUACAGCACCCAGUUAAAAGGCAUCCUGGAGUCUAAGGGCCUUCUGCAGAAGAGGUGAGCCUUUGGGUCAUUUCUUGUGUACCAUUCAUUGUCUUCUCUACCUCGGUCCAACACCACCUCCCUUGGACAAAUAAAACAAGCAACAGCCAUCAGAUGUGUGAACAAAUUUCAAUGAUGUUUCUUUUCCACAGGGAUUCUGCCUGAAACUUUAUCUUCCACUCAACUCCCUUUACCCUGAUGACCACCCUUUCCUCUUUAAAUAAAAAGCAUCUCUAUGUUUUCUCUA